UAGACAAAAAAUGUUUUCAAUUUAUUCGUGUCCUAAAAACAAAAAAUGUAUAUUAUUAUGUGAUACCUUUUGGGCUUUACAAAAUAGACAUUUUGUUAGGUUACACUUAUUUGGACUUCACGUACGGAAACCCAUCUGGGUUUCUCUGGCUUACCUAUUAUAGCGAGUUCAACUUUUAAACAAUCAUUUUAUUUAUAAUGGUCAUAUCUUGUAAGCCAGUUGAAAUUUAAAACUUAUGUCCUAAUGGAUUCUAAAAGCUAAAACCCAAAUUGAAUUAAAAUCGCACGAACCAGAAGUGCACAUAAAAAAACACUUGGUAUUUAUCAGAAAAACCUCAUCUGACAUUAUGUCAAUUUACAUGUCAAUCAUAAGAAUUUUUAUCACCUGUCGUUAAGUUAAACUUUGAUGAACGUGCUGUAGUGCUCUUGGAUUAAAAUGAAAAAGCCUACUCCGAAUUGCCUAAUAUGAAGUAUGUUUUUUUGUGUAUGUGUAGGCAGUAAAUUAAGAACUUGUAUUCAUAUACCUUAAUUCAUUUGACUAAGUUGGCUUGACUGAGUGCGGAUAAAUUGUCGUUUCUCUUCGAUUGCAAUUUCAAUUGCCGGCAUUCCGCGACCGAACGGGAAAUUGUCUGCAGCGGCGUCUGAGACUCAGUCUGUAGUUGGUUUUUCGUAAAGUGGUUGGGGCUGCGCUGGUUGCCUUGAGACGGAUGUUGGUUGUGACAGGCGGAAUUCCGAAGACUUUGGGCGUAAGCGUGGGCAGCGGUUUAGUAAUAGCAAUAGCUAUGGGCGGCAGCCGCUGCCCGACGGCUCAAUCCUUGCUGAUUGGCAAUCAAAUUUCCACCACCUCCCACUUUGUUAACCCAUUUACAUGUUCCAAACUCAAUGGCGUGCCAGAAGCCAAUUCAAAAUGCCAUAACAAUCAGUUGGCAAUUAAAUGGCGCCCCUUCUUAUCCCCUGGUAAUUCAAAAUCUGCUCAACGAUGUGCGAUUGCCAAUUACUAAUUAAAACCAAAACACCAUGUGCAUGGAAAAACAGUUGCUCUUAAUAUGUACUUUGGAUAUACCAUUCAUGUAUCGAUUGUCUGGGGGUGUUGUCCACUUGAGGAAGUGGGCUGGCUGGCCAAGAGGGAAACUAGAUGACUGCCAAGUGUUGGAGUGGAUGGAUUGGA